CCAGAGACCAGCAGGCACAGAGACACACAGGACAGAGAGAGCGCCAAGGUGUGAUGAGCCAGGACAGACAGAGAGACACAGACAGAGAGACAGAGACACAGAGGAGAGUUUGAACUUCAGAGAGAAACAGCAGAGACAGAGAGAGGAAGAGAGAAACACACACACACUCACUGAGGGGUGUGUCAGAGCAAUUUAGUUCCUCAAGGAAGUACAACUCAACAUUAUCUUAAGACAGGGCGGCAGCAGUGACAGAGGCGCUGCAGGAGGGCUCUUUCUUCAGGUUCUGCUCGUGCUCGUGCUGAAGAUGAAGGGAUCUCAUUAAACCAAGCGUCCGGAGCUGUCAACCUGAGACACAGAGCAGAGGGACACACAGAGCAGGAGGGAGGGGGACUCAGCACACACACAGGCAACCAUGGACGUCUUCAGCUCCAAGGACAUGGCCAUGAAGGUGCAGAAGAAGAUCCUCAGCUCCAUGGCCAGCAAGAGCUCGGUCCAGAUGUUCAUAGACGACACCACCAGCGAGAUCCUGGACGAACUGUACCGCGUCUCCAAAGGGUACUCGGGUAAUAAAGGUGAAGCCCAGAAGGUGAUCAAAGACCUGGUCAAGAUCGCCGUCAAGAUCGGCGUGUUGUUCAGGAACAACCGUUUUAGCACGGAGGAGCUGGGAGUGGCCACGGAUUUUAAGAAGAAGCUGCACCAGGGGGCCAUGACAGCGAUCAGCUUCUAUGAGGUGGACUUCACUUUCGAUAAAGCCGUGAUGGCCGAACUUCUGACCAGCUGCAGGGAUCUGCUGCUGAAGCUGGUCAACACCCACCUCACCCCGAAAUCCCACGGCCGCAUCAACCACGUCUUCAACCAUUUCUCCGACCCGGAGCUCCUGACCAAACUGUACGACCCCAGCGGCCCCUUCAGACCCCACCUCACCAAGAUCUGCAAAGGACUGGACAAACUUGUGGAGGACGGGACAAUAUGAGGGACACGACGGCAGGUCGGACAGACGCUGGGAGAUCAACGGGCAGACUCACCACUGAUGGACAAACUUGGUCUCACUGCUGCUGAGGGCUGGCAGCAGGAGACAAGUGAUCUGAGAACAAAACUGCUGCCCCAUCGUUCUCAAAGAACAUGUGGGAUCUAAAUAAAGUUUCUCGUUCCUCAAGUUUUUCACGUUUAGAGGUGAUAUAUAUAUUUACAUACUGUACUACUGUGAUAUAUAUAAUAUAUAUAUAUACACACACCUGCUCACAGAAAGCAAACUUGAAGAUAAACUGGUUUAUACUGUAUCAGCUGUUUCAUUAGAUCAUGAUGUCAUCCACUGUUAAAAUAAUAUCUGAGACCUUGAAAUGUUUCAUUCACAACUACUGAUGUUUUAUAUUGUGUUGAGUUCAAACAGCUGGAGAGAACAAACGUCACUGUAAUACAGCACUGCCCUCUGCUGGUCAACACGAGGCUUCAGAAACUCACUGUGCUCUUUUUACUGAACCCACCGGACACAACACAGCCAACAAUAAAGCACAUAUGACCACAGAGGACGAUCACUGACACCCACACCAUCUCCUCACAGCAUGAGCUACAAAACAUGUUUAGAAGCAUCAACCAAGCGCUGCUGACGGCACGAAGCCUCAGUGUUAAUCCUGUAAUUCAUGUUUGUCUGAGCUCAGCUGAGGCCGAGAGGACGACACGUGUUCUCUGGUUUUACACGACAAAGACUGAAAAUCAACACACAGCAGACUCAUCCUUAUUCAACAGUCCAGUUUAGUGUUUAACUCAGGGCUCUCACACAUUGUCCUGGACACAAUUCAAAGCUUUUCCAGGAUUUUCAAGGACCUAUGACGACAUUUGUUUUUCUUGUCCCACUCGCCCAGCAUUUUUCAAACAGAUUCAGAACAAUCGGAGACAGAACACAGGGAGGAAAGGGAGAAACAUACGUGAUGACAUGUUAGUGCUACGUUACAUCAACAGCUACAGAAAAUUAAUUUACCAUUACAUUACAUGUAGGGUUAUACACAGAUGACUAACAAUUUUAUUACACACAAAAAUUUUUUUUUUUUACUGAUUCCAUGACUCUUUCAUCGUCUGGAAACCUGGAAAAGUUCUGACUUUUCCAGGUUUUCCAGGACCGAGGGAACUCUCUUUACUGCUAAAAUAUUCUUUUCUUUGUGUGAGACAUCACAUAGAGAAAAGUCAGAUCAUCUACUGAGUUGUCUAUCAAGUUGUUUUAAAGUUUUACUCUGCAGGAUUUUCAUUAAAUAAUGGAAGACUAGUCGUGGCUGA